GGAGCCAUGGUUAUUUAAUUCAGCAAGGCUUCCCUGGGCUAUAUGUUCAGAGGCAGAGGAAUGCCAGGACUAACUGAAUCCAGAUGUGCUUACUUGGCAGCCACCCGGACAACCAUUACCAAAGGGAUACAGUAUUGAAACGAUUGCAUUGGAUAUGGAGGGGGCCAGCAGACAGUUUCCCUAAUGCAAACUUUGACGCUUCUUAGAGAUCCGUGGAAACAAUGAGAAUUCAACUCAAAGGGGAUGCCAUCUGCACGCUGUUCCUGCUGGUAGCUCUUUGCACCAUGAUCUAUUCCCAGCUGGGCCACACGUCCGUUAGAGAAGAAAAGGUGGACAGCCAGAAGAAGCCAGCAGCAACUUCCCGGAUCUUCCACAUUCCCGCAGUCCUCCAGAAACGGCUGAAUGCAGAAACGACAGCAGCAAAGCCCAGAAUUGUUUCAGAAAUGAAACGUGCCAACGUGGAAAUGCAACAGGACUCGGUUACCACUCUGGCAACCUUGACACAUUCUGCUUUUGAUUUUAAGCAUUACCUUCUAAACAAAGACAAUCGGAAGUUUGAACUCCUUGUUAAUCAGCCCAGGAAGUGUAGGACAAACCCAGGUGGCCCCUUCUUGCUCAUCGCCAUCAAAUCGCUGGUAGAGGACUUCGACCGCCGUGAGGUUGUACGAAAAACCUGGGGAAGGGAAGGGCCCAUCAAUGGUGUGCAGGUGCAAAGGGUUUUCCUCCUGGGGAUCCCAAAGAACAAGACGUCCCUGCCGAUGUGGGAGACUCUUAUCCGUCAAGAGAGUCAGAUGUACCGGGACGUUCUGUUGUGGGGCUUCCAGGAUACUUUCUUCAACCUGACUUUGAAAGAGAUCCAUUUCCUAAGCUGGGCGGAAGAGUUUUGUUCCAACGCCAAGUUCAUAUUCAAAGGCGACGCCGACGUUUUCGUUAACGUGGAAAAUAUCGUUCACUUCCUUGAGAAACAAGAUCCCUCUGAGGAUCUUUUUGUUGGGGACAUCAUCUACAAUGCACACCCUAUCCGAGUGCGGAAGAGCAAGUACUACAUCCCAGAGUCUAUGUACGGGCUAGACAUGUAUCCGGCCUACGCAGGGGGUGGGGGGUUUGUACUAUCCAGCAGCACCAUGAAGAAACUCUCCCAGGCCUGUGGGGAGGUGGAGCUGUUCCCCAUUGAUGAUGUGUUCUUGGGUAUGUGCCUGCAAAGGAUCAACCUCAAGCCCGUUAUGCAUGAAGGAUUCAAGACUUUCGGAAUCACCAAGCCUUCUGCGGCCCCUCACUUGCAGACUUUCGACCCCUGUUUUUACAAAGACCUCAUGGUAGUCCACAGCCUGAAGGUCGCUGAAAUCUGGGUCAUGUGGAACCUGCUCCACAGUCCAAGGCUCUCUUGCACGCAGAAGAAGCAUGUCAAGAAGGCUUUCCAAUGGAAAAUCAAAGCAAAACGGCAUGCGAAAGGUUCUGCCAUCUAA